CCUUGUGUGCGUGAUCUAUAAAUAAUCGAUUCCACCCCCCUAGCCAGCGUUGCAUCCACCACGCCUCAGCGGGUUGUUGUUGCUUCUUGUUGUUGUUUCUUGUUGUUGUUUCUUGUUGUUGUUGCGUGCAAGGAGCUGUAGCGUGAUAGUGCCGCAACGUCCGCUCGGCGUUUACCCCGACCACUGACGGUCUCUUCACACGUUGAGGCGGACAAGUCGAGGAGGAGACUCGGUCGGCGACUUAGCGACGAGAGGAAACGGGACUAAUGUCGCCAGUGAACGUGGCAGCGACGGCUCGCGCGAUGCUGGACGUCGGCAAGUGGCCGAUCUUCGCGCUGCUUCCCGUCGACGAGGUGCGCAGGAUCCGGCAGGCGUGCGUGUUCGGCACGUCGGGAAAUGAGGCCAUCUUCGUCACCGACUCGGAUGAGGUGUUUGCGAUCGGCACCAACUGCAGCGGCUGUCUGGGUACGGGCGACGGGCAGAGCACGCUGGAGCCGUGGCGCGUCGACGCGCUCUGCGGCAAGAAGAUCCUCUCCGUGAGCUACGGCAGUGGACCCCAUGUGCUGCUCGUCACCAGCGACGGCGAAGUCUACACGUGGGGUCACAAUGGCUACAGUCAGCUGGGGAACGGCUGCACCAAUCAGGGCGCGGUGCCCUCGCCCGUCUCCACCAAUCUGGCGGGCAAACGAGUCACCCAGGUGGCGUGCGGCUCUCACCACUCCAUGGUGCUCACGGACGACGGAGAGGUGUUCACGUGGGGCUACAACAACUGCGGGCAGGUGGGCUCGGGCACCACGGCGAACCAGGCGACUCCGCGCCGCGUCACCGUGUGUAUACAGAACAAGUUCGUCGUGAACAUCGCGUGCGGGCAGACCUCCUCCAUGAUCGUGCUGGACAAAGGACAGGUGUACAGCUGGGGGUAUAAUGGGAAUGGACAGCUGGGCCUUGGCAACACUAUGAACCAGCCUACGCCCUGCAGGCUGGUGUCACUGCAGGGCAUCUGCAUCGUGCAGGUCGUGUGCGGCUACGCUCACACCAUCGCGCUGGCCGACGACGGAUCGGUCCACGCCUGGGGCGCCAACUCGUACGGGCAGCUGGGCAUCGGCAACAAGACGAACCUGCAGGCACCCGUCCAGAUCUCCAUUGAAGAGAGGUUCACGGAGGUAGCCGCAUGCCACUUCACGCACACCUCGGCGGGCCGCACCUGCUCGGGCUCCGUGUACGUGUGGGGCCAGUGCCGGGGGCAGUCGAUCGCGGCGCCCAGACUCACGCAGUUCACCAACACCGACGACGUGUUCGCCUGCUUCGCGUCGCCGCCCGUCAUGUGGCGCCUCCUCGCCAUUGACCGAGAAGACCACGAGACGAUGGCGCAGUCGAUGAAGAAGGAGUUUGACAACCCGGAGACGAGCGACCUACGCUUCUGCGUCGACGGGCGCUUCAUCCACGUGCACAAGGUGGUGCUGAAGAUCCGCUGCGAGCACUUCCGCUCCAUGUUCCAGUCGCACUGGAACGAGGACGGCAAAGACGAGAUCGAGAUCGAACAGUUUACCUACCCUGUUUACCGCGCCUUCCUGCAGUACCUCUACACCGACACCGUGAGCCUGCCGCCAGAGGACGCCAUCGGCCUACUCGACCUGGCCACGUCGUACUGCGAGCUGGGACUCAAGCAGCUGUGCCAGCAGAUCAUCAAGAAGGGCAUCGGCAUUGAGAACGGCAUCAUGCUGUUCGCCGCCGCCGUCAAGUACGACGCCAAGGACCUGGAGGAGUUCUGCUUUCGUUUCUGCUUGAACCAUCUGACGGCCAUCACGCAGACCAAGGCGUUCGAGCGGCUCGAGGAGCCGCUCAUCAAAGACUUUAUCAUUCGCGCCGGACGCGCCGGGGCCUUCAAGUACUGAGGCCGCCACCCUCGCUCGAUCGCCGUACCGGUGCCCCCGCAUCUGUCUUUUCACGGGGCCUUUGGCAGAGCGCGUGUGUCAGCGGCGAGUUAUCUUAAACCGGUCUACUUGGCCUUAAAUAUGAGUAUCUUAUGUCAACAUCAACAGUGUGGAGCCCAAGGCGGCUGGGCGCGAGACUGGCCACACAACCCAUCUUGUGCACUGCCAGCUUUCUUCGCGCUUGCCCCAACAGUCUGUGCGGCUACACAGGGGUAGGAUCUUUGUUUUGUCAUAUUUUUUGUUUGUUUGUGCCUGUAAGUGGGCACAGGUGGCUCUUGCCAUUCGUGAAGAGCGGGCUGUUCAACCGAGGCCAGCUGGCUUGGUAGCACACUAUAAUUAUUACAAUACCACUGCGAAUGCAAUAGAGAAGUGAGGAUGCUGAGCUGUAGACGGUGCAUCCCACUGCUACCAGCACCAAAACUGUUGCUCCCCCAGCUGUGGUUUCUGUCCUGAGACUACUUCACGCUGCAUUCCACCUCACCCCACCGUGCGUUUCACUUGCACAUUCCUCCGGCUCCGGUAGGUCGGCGUGUCGUGGGUUAAAGUAUGGCUACUGCCACCUAUUCCAAGGUGUGUGCUGGUCAGCGUGGAAGAGUAGGCCAAAAGUACCUUCCAGCUAGCAUUUGAUUAGCUGGUGUAGCUCCACCCAUAAAACUAGCUUGCCCUAUCCCUGAGCCUAACAAACUAACCGUUAGUACUCGCCCUGCCUCUGAACCUAUCCCAAACCAACGAGCCAUUAGUACGAGCCCUGACUCCAAUCCUAACCAACUAACCAUUAAUACUAGCCCUGCCUCCAACCCUAACCAACUAGCCAUUAGUACUAGCCCUGCCUCCAACCCUAACCAACCAGCCAGUUGUACUAGCCCUGCCUCCAACCCUACCCACUGCUGGCCAACGAGCUACUUGGCUAUUUGUACAACCAUCUCGCCAGCCAGACACUAGUACUAACCUUACACCGAUCCCUGACCAACGCGCUACUGGUGGCUGCCCCAUCGCUAACCCCAAUCUUAACCCUGACCCCACGUCUGCCACUCUGGCAGGGUCUCGCAUCGCACGGUUUGCUGCUUGCAUCGCCGCCUUGGCACGCGAUGAGCCCUGCGUUUGCGAUCGGAGAAAUUGGCGAGGAAUUCACCCCUUGCCUGUCUCAGCCACGACCCCUGACUCCAUGACCUUGACACCCAUGUAACCCAUGUAAACAGCUCUGAGCCGGCGUGUGGCAUUGGACGGUAGCAAACAAUGGCACUUAGCUUUACGGUCGUUUAUAAGCGAUAAAUAUUGGGUUUGUUAUAUAUACAAAUAACUGUGAAUUAAGGAAAGUUCAGGAAGUAAUAUAUGUGACGGUUGUGCGUUAUUGUUGACCAAUCGGAGAGCAUGAAGAACCGGUCCAUGACUUUGUGCUGCCUUUGAAAGUAUUAUUUUGCUCUUAAUUUUUUUUUUAUGAAUUACAAUCAGUUUGUUUUGUGUGUUCAUACGGUUGAUCGAUUCCUUAAAACUCUUCCAUCUGUGAUCUCGUGUUACUUGGCAUGGGAAGCGGAUAGCUCGUUGCGGUGUGGCGACAAUGAAUUGCAUCGGUUUUUUCCGCACGUCAAAUCAAAAUAUCCCAAAAAAAUCCAUCUGUGGAACACCGAUGCCAGCCAUGCCCUGGUUAUCUCUCUGUCAAUGUGAUUCAUGUCCGUUUUCAAACAAGUUGGAAAAUCAUGGGCCUUCCAUUUGCCUCUGUCCAUGAACGUUGCAACAUAUUCCUAGUUUAAAUUUCCACGUGUACCAAAUGACAGAUCGUACUUGAGAAACCAGUUUGCUUACUUGUAAUGAGCUUGUGCAAGCAUUUAUGUUUUUAUACUUUACACCCAUCGUUGUUGGAAGGUUGAUUAUGCUGUGGCUUAACACUCGCGUCGUCCUAGAUAUCAGUCGCUCAUCUUAUUAAUUAUUUGCCAAUAAAUGUUCACUUUGAGGUUAGUUGCGGUUGGAAUGACCUGAUUAUUUCGUCACUAAUGUUUCACGUGCAGAGACUGACACAGACAGAAAGAGGAAUGUGUGGAUUUGAGAACAUGCGCAAGUUAGCGAGGUCAUCUCGACCGUACCAAAGUAAAGUGGGCUCUCGGGCAGGACGCAUCCCUAGCGUUGUCACCUGUCCACACGUGACUCACCUGGGCAGUCCAGGAUAUGGCAUCCGAGUUCAGGUGGCAGGAAUUGUUUUGAGUAUAGACCCAGUGCCUACCGUGAAACAUGAGUGUUUGGUCUGCGGACAAGGUGGCAACCCCAGACGAUGGAGUGGCAGCCAAAGGAAAACAACUAUGGGCGAAAGGACGUCGACCGCGGAGACGGAGUGAUUAAAUUGGUUUGUGUGCAGCAGUGAGGCGGACCGAUGCAUCGUAAGACCGCGAAAGACGACAGGACGUCUUGGAGUGGGAGGCCUUCAUCCAGCAGUGGAUUGCUCACGGACGAUGCGGACGGAUGUCACUCCCGCAGCUUGAAGAGAAGGCGCUGGACCGACGUGGCGAUACCGAAUCGGACUUUUAUUGGAAUUCGUCGGCAGAUAAAAACUACAGCCGGGUAAACGGGGUGACCAUUCACAGCAUCGCACAAAUAAAUAAUGUUCCUAACAGUA